AUGUAUUCUCCCUUUCAGAUCAAAUGGCUGGUGCUGAUACUGGCACUAAUAAACUCGGUCCACGGGAGAGCAACGAACCCUAAAAAAAUCAAGGCGAAUCCCGUUGAGCAAGGGAGCCAGGACUGCCCAACCAACGAAGCGUCCAAGUUCCCUGACAGCGUGAGGGUUCAAAUACAUCUCGUCCCCACAAACCCGGGCAACACCCCACCUCAAGAUGUUAGGAACCGAUCUAUAUCUCCAUGGGAUUACAGGAUUAACGAGGAUGCCAACCGGUUCCCCUAUGAGAUCUUUGAGGCCAGCUGCCGCUACAAUGCUUGCGUCGAUGCCUCAGGGCGAGGUUUGAACUACGGCAUGAAUUCUGUCCCCAUUCUGCAGGAAGUCCUCGUCCUCAAACGCAAGCGGAGAGGCUGCCAGCAAACCUAUUGGCUGGAGAAACAGAUGGUGACUGUGGGGUGUACCUGCGCCUUUGCUACCAUCUCUACCAAUGCCGACCUCGGGAAGAAUGGGUGGAACUACAGGGACUCAACAAGAGCCAACCAUGGACCGAAGCAAUAA